UAUUUUCAGAUAAGGUGUAAACAAACAACUUGCUGGGUAUCGAUGAGCAUUUAAAGUGUUCAUUAAUUUCCAAACACUAUCUCAAGUGGUGGAGGUCAAAGGAAAAACAGGCAACAAACUAUAUUUUAAAAUCUAAUAAAAAGCUUGAAGAGUUCCACGAACUAAAUGAUUUAAGAGCACAAUUGUGACAUCAACUUACUUCUGGCCCUUAGGUGAAUACUUGCCCUUUUUAGCAACAAUGUAAUUCUGUAAAUUAUUAAUAUUAUGUACAAUGUGCAGAUUUUGUAAUUGGAUGGAACACAUGACUAAGAUCGUGUAGGUUAUCUCCCUUCAAGGUGGAAAUCCUAGCACAUAUUUAUAGGGAGUCACCUGGGAUCUGUUAAUUUGAAUCACUUCAUAUCCCAGAGAAAUCUGCCAGAGAGCCUCUCAUAAUUCUGCAGAGAACUCUUCCCCUUGGUAACCUUGUCGAGUGACUGCUGCUGCUCUGUUCUCUGGAAUCAGAGUAUAGUCAAAUUCUGUUCCAUGUGAGCCCUUCAGUUACGUCCUACGAGACUCUUACCCACCGAGAUCCUUAUCUUCCAGGAAUUUUCGCUCAGUCUUUUUUCCCCAGUUAUAUCACUAAAUUUUGGGAGAUCAAGUUUUCUUUCCGCCCCCAUCUCCUUGUCCUCGUCUAGACUUAGUGUCUCUUUUUAAAAUAUGCUGUUUUAGGAGACGGGGCACUCUCCGGAUGAAAGGCAAGAGUAAUGCCUUGAGUUCUUCUUCUGUACGCUGUAACAGUGAAGCCUGGUUUCAUUUUACUGCCUGGAUAACUAUAUCCACCAGGCGCAACCUUUGCCCCAAACACCUUAUUCACUUUACACAAACCUGUUGACCUCACGCCUAAGUCAGCUUUUCUUGAACCCUAAUCUGAACAAAUAAACAUUCCUCUGAUCAGCGGAUAUCCCGUCAGGAAGGGCCGGCUUGGGCAGUGCUGGCUCAGCUAGCCCGCCACGCUGCCGCUCCGGGUUUGAUUUCCUCUUUCUUCUCUGAUUUUAAGAAGUGAGACAGAAAAAAGCAAUUCCUGUUAACCACUUAGACAAUGCAGGGGACUUCAGACUCCAUUCAAGGAAGCUGGCUUCAUCAAGGUACCAAAGUGGACCACUGACACCAGAAGGGGACUAGGCAGACAGACAUGGCAGUGGCAUCAGGCUCUCUAGGAGGUCCGGGGGGCCCACUCUGCCUAUCGCUCCCCCCGGCUGUGCGGCGACUUCAAUGACCCGCAGGUCGCCGGCUGCUGAUCUUCCGAAGGCGGCGGAGAACUAGGGGCGCCGCAGCCGACUCGGACCAGCGCCGCCGCCUGACCCGCGCGCCCUUGGGCACCGACGUUCUCGCGCGCGCCUGCCCGCCGCGGGUCCUCCAGGGGAAGCCCCGGCCAGGAUGGCCCCGGGCAGGGCAGUGGCCGGGCUCUUGCUGCUGGCGGCCGCCGGCCUUGGAGGAGCCGCAGAGCAGCCCGGGCUCGCCUUCAGCGAGGAUGUGCUGAGCGUGUUCGGCGCGAAUCGGAGCCUGUCGGCGGCGCAGCUCGGCCGCCUGCUGGAACAGCUGGGAGCCGCCCCCGGCCGGGGCGCCCCGGAGCCGGGCCAGCUGCACUUCAACCAGUGCUUAUCCGGCGAAGAGAUCUUUUCCCUUCAUGGCUUUUCAAAUGCCACCCAGCUAACCAGCUCCAACUUCUCUGUCAUCUGUCCAGCAGUCUUACAGCAACUGAACUUUCACCCUUGCCGGGAUCGUCCCAAGCACAAAACAAAACCAAGUCUUUCAGAAGUUUGGGGAUAUGGAUUCCUGUCAGUGACAAUCAUUAACUUGGCAUCUCUCCUCGGACUGGUUUUGACUCCAUUGAUAAAGAAAUCUUACUUCCCAAAGAUUUUGACCUAUUUUGUGGGAUUGGCUAUUGGGACUCUUUUUUCAAAUGCAAUUUUCCAACUUAUUCCAGAGGCAUUUGGAUUCAAUCCCCAAGUUGACAACUAUGUUGAGAAGGCUGUUGCUAUAUUUGGUGGAUUUUACUUGCUUUUCUUUUUUGAAAGAACGCUUAAGAUGCUAUUAAAGACAUAUGGUCAGAAUGAUCAUACCCACUUUCAUAAUGAUGACUUUGGUCCUCAAGAAAAAGCACAUCAACCUAAAACGUUACCUGCCAUCAAUGGGGUAACGUGCUAUGCAAAUCCUGCUGUCACAGAGCCUAACGGACACAUCCAUUUUGAUAAUGUCAGUGUAGUAUCUCUACAGGAUGGAAAAAGGGAGUCAAGUUCAUGUACCUGUCUGAAGGGGCCCAAACUGUCAGAAAUAGGGACCAUUGCCUGGAUGAUAACGCUCAGUGAUGCCCUCCACAACUUCAUCGACGGCUUGGCCAUUGGGGCUUCCUGCACCUUGUCUCUGCUCCAGGGACUCAGCACUUCGAUAGCAAUCCUGUGUGAGGAGUUUCCUCACGAGUUAGGGGACUUUGUGAUCCUACUCAGUGCAGGGAUGAGCACUCGCCAAGCCUUGCUGUUCAACUUCCUUUCUGCAUGUUCCUGCUAUGUUGGGCUCGCUUUUGGCAUUUUGGUGGGCAACAAUUUUGCUCCAAAUAUCAUAUUUGCACUUGCUGGAGGCAUGUUUCUCUAUAUUUCUCUGGCAGAUAUGUUUCCAGAGAUAAAUGAUAUGCUGAGAGAAAAGAUAACUGGAAGAAAAACCGAUUUCACAUUCUUCAUGAUUCAGAAUGCUGGAAUGUUAACUGGAUUCACGACCAUUCUGCUAAUUACCUUGUAUGCAGGAGAAAUCGAUCUGGAGUAAUAAGAAAUGGAAAAUGGUAUUGUUAAUAAAGGCAUUUAAUAAAUAAAAACAUCUCCAAGGAUUUUAAGCAGAUCCCAUUUAGUUAAAAGAAAUUUUGUUUUCAACUGUAGGUCAAAAAACUAAUUAUUGGUUUAAAGUCUAUGAAAUAGGCCAUUAUUUGUUGUUAAAAAUGCUUCAAAAGGUUUUUGGUGUCAGUCUCAAAUGCUUAAUAUAUGAGAGCCUCAGGUAAAUAUCCAUUUUCAAAGUUUGUGCGUAUUUAAUAUCAUCGUAAAGCAUGAGCCAUGCUUUCUCUAAUCACAGAGACACCUGGGCCUAGAGAGAAAUAUAAGGUCUGUCGUGAAAGCUUUUAAAACUCUAUGAUAGGCUCAAAGCUUCAGGUGGUUUUCUUUCGAUCAAUUUGUUCCAGUGUUUUGCAGAGGAGGUCUAUCAAAAUGUGGACAAGAAUCGAAAUGGAUGCAACACUAAAAUGAAAGAGUCCGAGCUCUAAGCAGCCCAAGAAAGGAAGAUUUCUCAUAAUUUUUUGUUCUGUUUCAAUUAUAUUUCAAUUAAGGGACUUGUAGGAUUGUUUUGAAAACUGCUUGAAAGUAAUAUGAAUUGGGAAAUGAAUAAGGAUUGGUUAGCCCUACUAAUUUCAGGUGAAUUUCUCCUCAUGAACUCUGCCAGCUUCCAUGCAAAGAACAGUGGGCAAAGCUGGUGACCAGGCUGCUCCAGUGGGCCAUGUGUUUGCUUUGUGAAGGUGAACAAUGUGCUGAUUCAGAGGAAGAAACUGAAUGUAAUUUUAAGCAAUUUACUUUUGAAGAUCGAACAUAAUUAUUUAGCAGAGAAUGUUUUAAUAAAUGCAAAAAUGCAAAACAACAGCUGGACUGCUGUUUGUCAAGGACUGACUAACCAGAAAACAUAUGUUCCUUGUGCGUGAUUGAGAGUCAUUCAGAAGAGACUUUUGUGUUCUGUCUACAUUUUUCCAUAUAGUAUACCUUAGGAAAAUAUUAGCACACCAUGGUUUUUUUCUACCUUUUAUAAAACCUAUUUACUCAUUUAGCAGAUAUAGAGAUUUGGUCUAAAAUCGAAUGUCCUAACCCCAAUUCACACUCCCAAGUCACUUAAGGAAAGAUGAUUCAACAGCAAGGAAAAUGAUUGACGAAAGCCAACCAUGAUCUCAGGAAUUACGUUUUCCCCAUACAUCAGAGAAUGUUUUCAUAUAGCAGUAGUACAGAUUUGAUGAGUAUUUAACACGUAUGUUAACGUAUACUUCACUUUAUGUCUUACAAUUAAAAAAUUAUUGUUUGACCAAAUAGUAAACACCUUUGAAACCAU